UGUGUGGGGCGGGGGAGGCUACACCAGCCCGCGAAGGCCCAGAUGCCCUCCAAGAGCCUCAGGUUCUGACUUCUGACUCCUUACGGAGACGCGCUGACGUCAGAGGCCGCGCGACAGGCAGGUGGGGAGUUUCCCGUCCGGGAGGCUGGAGGAGCGCUGUACUACACGCACAUGGCGCCCACCGCCCUCAGCCCUGGGUGGUGAGCAGCCAGCAUGUGGGUGCGCGCGGGGCGCACGCUGAGGCCCUGGGCCGCGGGGGCCGCACGAUUCCGGCCAGCUCGAUGUGCUCGGGCGGCGGCCGUGGAGCCCCAGGCGGCGUCCCGGGCCUACGGAGUGGUGACGGAGUUCAAGGAGAAACCUGACAUGUCUAAGUUUCCUGUUGAAGAUAUUAGAAAUUUUAGUAUCAUUGCACAUGUGGAUCAUGGCAAAAGUACUUUAGCUGAUAGACUCCUGGAACUAACAGGAACAAUUGAUAAGACAAAGAAUAAUAAGCAGGUUCUUGAUAAACUACAAGUGGAACGAGAAAGAGGAAUAACUGUUAAAGCACAGACAGCAUCUCUGUUUUACAAUUUUGAAGGAAAGCGGUACCUUUUAAAUCUCAUUGACACACCAGGCCAUGUUGAUUUUAGUUAUGAAGUAUCCAGGUCACUUUCUGCUUGUCAAGGUGUUUUACUGGUGGUUGAUGCAAAUGAGGGUAUUCAAGCUCAAACUGUAGCAAACUUCUUUCUUGCCUUUGAAGCACAGCUGUCAGUAAUUCCAGUUAUAAAUAAGAUAGAUCUGAAGAAUGCUGAUCCUAAGAGGGUUGAAAAACAGAUUGAAAAAGUGUUUGAUAUUCCUGGUGAUGAAUGUAUUAAGAUUUCUGCUAAACUUGGAACAAAUGUUGAAAGUGUUCUUCAGGCAGUUAUUGAAAGAAUACCUCCUCCAAAAGUAUAUCGCAAAAAUCCACUGAGAGCUUUGGUGUUUGACUCCACCUUCGAUCAAUAUAGAGGUGUGAUAGCCAACAUAGCACUGUUUGAUGGAGUGGUUUCCAAAGGAGAUAAAAUUGUAUCUGCGCAUACUAAAAAGACAUACGAAGUUAAUGAAGUAGGGAUUUUGAAUCCGAAUGAGCAGUCAACUCAUAAAUUAUAUGCAGGACAGGUGGGCUUUCUGAUUGCUGGGAUGAAAGAUGUCACUGAAGCACAAAUAGGAGAUACCUUACAUUUACAUAAUCAUCCAGUGGAGCCCUUGCCUGGGUUUAAGUCAGCGAAACCAAUGGUAUUUGCAGGAGUAUACCCUGUAGACCAAUCUGAAUAUAAUACCCUGAAGAGUGCUAUAGGAAAACUGACUUUAAAUGACUCCAGUGUGACAGUGCAUCGGGAUAGUAGCCUUGCCCUUGGUGCUGGCUGGAGGUUGGGAUUUCUUGGACUUUUGCAUAUGGAAGUUUUCAAUCAGCGAUUAGAGCAAGAAUAUAAUGCUUCUGUUAUUUUGACAACCCCUACUGUUCCAUAUAAAGCUGUUCUUUCAUCUGCAAAACUAAUUAAGGAAUAUAAAGAGAAGGAAAUCACAGUCAUCAACCCCGCCCAGUUCCCUGAUAAGUCAAAAGUAACAGAAUAUUUGGAGCCGGUCGUUUUGGGCACUGUUAUCACACCGGAUGAAUACACUGGAAAAAUAAUAGCACUUUGCCAGGCACGAAGAGCAGUUCAGAAAAAUAUGAUUUUUAUUGAUCAAAAUAGAGUUAUGCUUAAAUAUCUUUUCCCUUUGAAUGAAAUUGUGGUAGACUUUUAUGACUCUUUGAAGUCUCUCUCCUCUGGAUAUGCAAGUUUCGAUUAUGAAGAUGCAGGUUACCAGGCUGCAGAACUUGUAAAAAUGGAUAUUCUACUAAAUGGAAAUUUCGUAGAAGAGCUAGUAACUAUUGUACACAAAGAGAAAGCAUACUCUGUUGGCAAAAACAUAUGUGAACGUCUAAAGGAUUCUCUUCCUAGACAACUGUUUGAGAUAGCAAUUCAAGCUGUUAUUGGAAGCAAAGUAAUUGCAAGAGAAACUGUGAAAGCCUACAGGAAAAACGUUUUGGCAAAAUGUUAUGGUGGUGAUAUUACCCGAAAAAUGAAACUUUUGAAGAGACAAACAGAAGGGAAAAAAAAGCUGAGGAAAAUUGGCAACAUUGAAGUUCCAAAAGAUGCUUUCAUAAAAGUUCUGAAAACUCAAUCUAAUAAAUAAUUGAAGGAGAAUGAAGGGCUUUUAUAAAUUAAAAUUACGUGUCUCUUAAUUUGUAUUGACAAUAGAAUAAAACCUGUGAAGUCUG